GUGCAGCAGCAGAGCGCUGGUUUGUGUUUGACACUCAGGCUGUAAAUAGAGACGCUCUACUGGCACACGGCACUUACCCGAACACAUGUUUCUUUCUUUGGGCUGGAUAUAAUCAUCACACUUGAGUAACCUGCACGAGAAUAAAAUGGCCCCAAAUUCCAUCCACUGGUUCCGGAAGGGCCUCCGUCUCCAUGAUAACCCAGCGAUACUGCAGGCGGUCAAAGGGGCGGGCACAGUGCGCUGUGUUUACUUCCUGGACCCUUGGUUUGCAGGCUCGUCCAACGUCGGAGUCAACAGGUGGAGGUUUCUCCUCCAGUGUUUGGAGGAUCUGGACGCCAACCUUCGGAAGCUCAACUCUCGCCUUUUUGUCAUCAGGGGCCAACCAGCCAACGUGUUCCCGCGGCUCUUUAAGGAGUGGAAGAUCUCUCGCCUGACCUUUGAGUAUGACUCGGAGCCUUUUGGGAAGGAGAGAGAUGCUGCCAUCAAGAAGCUGGCCAUGGAGGCAGGGGUGGAGGUCAUCGUCAAGACAUCACACACCCUCUACGACCUGGACAAGAUCAUAGAGCUGAAUGGCGGACAGCCUCCUCUCACCUACAAGCGUUUCCAGACUCUGAUCAGUCGCCUGGAUCCUCCUGAGAUGCCUGUGGAGACACUGUCAGAAACGGUGAUGGGUCGCUGCGUCACCCCCAUCUCUGAGGACCACGGAGACAAGUACGGGGUCCCCUCCCUGGAGGAGCUGGGCUUCGACACCGAGGGCCUGCCUACAGCCGUGUGGCCGGGAGGAGAGACUGAGGCUCUGACCAGGAUAGAGCGCCACCUGGAGAGAAAGGCCUGGGUGGCUAAUUUCGAGCGUCCCAGAAUGAAUGCCAACUCACUGCUGGCCAGCCCGACAGGCCUCAGCCCUUACCUGCGCUUCGGCUGCCUCUCCUGUCGCCUUUUCUACUUCAAGCUCACUGAGCUCUACCGCAAGGUGAAAAAGAACAGCUCCCCUCCACUCUCCCUGUAUGGCCAGUUGCUGUGGCGGGAGUUCUUCUACACCACAGCCACCAACAACCCACGCUUUGACAAGAUGGAAGGGAACCCUAUCUGCGUCCGCAUACCCUGGGACAAGAAUCCUGAAGCACUUGCCAAGUGGGCCGAGGCUAAGACAGGUUUUCCCUGGAUAGACGCCAUCAUGACUCAGCUGAGGCAGGAGGGCUGGAUCCAUCACCUGGCCAGGCAUGCGGUGGCUUGCUUCCUCACCAGGGGGGACCUGUGGAUCAGUUGGGAGGAAGGGAUGAAGAUCUUUGAGGAGUUGCUUCUGGAUGCAGACUGGAGCGUGAACGCAGGCAGCUGGAUGUGGCUGUCCUGCAGUUCUUUUUUCCAGCAGUUUUUCCACUGCUACUGCCCCGUGGGCUUCGGCCGACGCACUGACCCCAACGGGGACUUCAUUAGGCGAUACUUACCCGUCCUCCGAGGUUUCCCUGCUAAAUAUAUCUACGACCCAUGGAACGCUCCGGAGUCCGUGCAGGCAGCCGCCAAGUGCAUAAUAGGCGUCCAUUACCCAAAGCCCAUGGUGCACCACGCAGAGGCGAGCCGACUUAACAUCGAGAGAAUGAAGCAGAUCUACCAGCAACUCAGCCGAUACAGGGGACUGGGCCUAUUGGCAUCAGUGCCGUCCACCAAUGGGAAUGGAAACGGAGGAAUGAUGGCUUACUCUCUUGGAGAGCAACAGCCAGGGAACAACAACAACAACUCUCAUUUGCCUGGAGUGUUGGGGAGCUCCAUUGCAACGGGUAAAUACAACAGGAACAUCCUACUCAAUUUUCACAAUGAAGAACCCAUGGAGCCUAGCAGCAGACGACUACAACCGCACUCGCAACAGCACGGAUACCACUCAGUGCCAGAAGCCACCCAGACCAUCACCAGCAGCCAAGUCUACCACGAGUUUGCUGUGCCUCAACACCCAGGACUCCUCCUGCACAGCAGAGGAAGUAUCACAGGAAAGCGGGAGCGCGAGUCGGAACGAGAAGGGUCGGGCGAGAAAGACCCGGCGUCCUGCUCAGCGCACAAGAUGCAGCGGCAGAGUGCAGAGACUACCGAGAGCAGGCGGUGGUGAGACUGAAUUCACAUUGGAGUCACCAUCCAGCCAGCAGAGAGAGGAAAUCCCACCGUUGCCCCCUGUUUUCCAAACACAUGCAGACAUCACUGCCUCCUCUUCCAACAUCUUGAACUGCUCUCUGUCUUUACAGUCAGAAUAUUCCCAGUGCAGUAAACACAAAGGUGAAAAUGUGAUUUUUGACACAAUUUCUAAAAGGCCUUUAACAUCAGAGGAAUGUGCGAAGAAAGAAAACGCCUCAAACCUACAGGCAGUAUAUGCUAUGUGAACUCUAAAGCAGCUAUAAAUGUAAGUAAUGGAAUAUGUCAUAUUUUUUUUUUUUAAAGCUGCAAAUACAACUCCAUCAAUCACCUUGUCUGCUCUUUCAUACACCAAUGUAAAACCAGGCUAAUUUAUUCCGGGUUUAUGGAAAUGAUUUUACUACUGCUUUGUAUUAUGUUGAUCCUUAACGUGUUGAAUCUCAUAGUGCUCACCUCCACACACUCCAGGAAUAUGUUGUUGUCACAACAUAAUGUAUGUCUUUACAUUGAGAAAAAAAUGCUGUUGAUACUGAUAUUUAAUGUUUCUGUUUCUUGUGUUGUAGAGAUGAAAUGUUUGUAAAUAUGCCAAAUAGACUUUUAUCAAGAUUGUUUUUCCAAAUAAAAUGUGGCCAUCUGAAAAUGAA